ACUGUUCUCUGUAAACCCUAGAGAUGGAUUUAUGGGAAAAUCCCAGCAGAUCAGCAGUUUCUGAAAUACUCAGACUAGUGUGUCUACCACCAACAAUGUUCUUUUAUCAACUUUUAUCGCCUGUCUUCUUGAUUCUGAUGCUCGGUUUGAGGUUGAUUAGAUAUUUGCAUUGAUAAGCAGCUGAAGAGGUCCACCUAACAAAGUGGGAGCAAUCUGCACUCUCUCUCCAAACAUGCAUCUUUACGAAGCGCUGCAGUGUGAGGUGUGAUGUCAGGGCUGAGCUCCCACAGCUCCCCAGAGAACUUUAAAGGAGGAUCAAGGAGAGGAGCAAGGCGUGCUGACUCCUGAAGAUCACUACAAAACGCACCCUGAAACAGCCAGGUUCACCUGUCAGACAUGGAGUCAAAAACUGAUGGCAAAUCAUCACUAACCAGCGAAGAACUGGCUGCUAUUGAGGAUGAAGAUGUUCUCAACAAGAUGCUCGACAACACCUCAGAUUUUGAAGAGAGACGGAUGAUCCGUUCUGCAUUAAGGGAUCUCCUGAAGAAAAAACGAGAAAAACGGGAGCAGGAGCGAGGGUUAAGGCAGCAAAACCUAAGACAGCAAGGUCUGAGCAAAGCGGGAACGACAGGCGGGACCGUUAGCAUAGGAAGAGCAUCCAUGAACCAGCAGCCACCAAUAAACAAACCAAGCAGCCAGCCAUCUCCAUCAGCAUCUGCUCCCUUUAACAGGACUGGAGGCAGCAAGGCCAGUUCUGCUGCUGCUCCUCCUGCUGCGGCACCCAACGCUAAGAAUGUCAAACAGAUGCUUCUGGACUGGUGCAGGGCCAAAACAGAGCCAUAUGAGGGGGUGGACAUUCAGAACUUCUCCUCCAGCUGGAAGGACGGCAUUGCCUUUUGCGCCCUGGUGCACCGCUUCUUCCCUGACGCUUUCGAGUACUCCAUCCUCAACCCCUACAAGCCCAAGGAAAACUUCCAGCUGGCUUUCAGCACUGCGGAGAGGUUGGCAGGCUGCCCCCCUCUGCUGGAUGCCGAUGACUUAGUCCGGAUGAACGAGCCCGACUGGAAAUGCGUGUACACAUAUAUCCAGGAGUUUUACCGCUGUCUGGUGGAAAAAGGCCUGGUUAAAACCAAGAAGCGGCCAUAGACUCAGAGCCUUCGGGAGUUGCUGUGAUUACAGUUUUUACAAAUAUUACACACAUUACCGCAAGCUGAUGUCAAAAAGGGACAAUGUUGUGUGCUUUUUUUCAACUAAAUAUUUACAUCUCGCCUCCGAUCACAUCUGGCUCAUGCAUCACUCGAAUGUGCCGAAUGUGUAGUAUUCAUAUUGGUUUGUGUGUGUUAGCAGGGGCUUGUGGGUGUCUGUGCUCUCAGUGGACAGCUGGCGCUUUGGAUCAGUACAUUCCAGUGAGAUUACACAUGUGUAUUAAUCCCACAGUCACAGGGAGAUUCUGGGAACAACUUUUAUGAUGAUGCUGUUAAGGGCCAGAGAGUGUGAGCACUACAGAUCCAUUUAAUAAAUAUUAGUUCCAUUAUAUGCGCUGUACCCCCCUACUGUUAUGUUGAUAAAAAUGGUACUAAAGCAUUUCUCUGAUGCCAUUUUCUCCAGCAGCUGGUGGUGUGCUGGAUACUUUAAUGAACAGCUUACAAUUUGCCUUGACACAAACAUGUUUAAAAGAUGUGGGCUGUCUGUGGCUCUGACUAUCUCACCUUUAAAAAAUUGUGAUCAGAACUUAAUAUAUAUACAUUAUGGACAUGAAAGGGAAUGAUUGUACAGCCUACAUCUUUACAAACUUCAAAAACAGAAUUGGGUACACAAGUUUGAAUUUAUACUGGAUUGUCCAUAAGCGACACAUUAUCAACAAUGUCUUUAAACAUUGACAAGUCCAAGGCCUGUUAACUCCUCAUUAGUGAUCAUGAUUGACUACGACUGGUAGUUUGUCUUGCAGCAUUUAUUUGAUAGGACUCACUGAUCAAUACUUGGAAUAUUGAGAAAGUCUAAAGAUGGAGAAUUGCCAAUUUACACAAGUUGGAAAGGUUUUUCUGAGCCAUUUCUAAGCAACUGCAGAGUCCAAGAUCAUCAGUUCAAGCGACUGUAUGCAAAUACAAGUUAUUCUGAUAUGUCACCGCUUUGCAUAGAUCUGGAAGAAGAUGAGAGGAAGUUGGUCUGCAUUUUCAGGAAGCCAUAAACUGGAAACUGCUGAGAAAACCAGCAUCACUAUCCACACUGAAGGGCGUUUUACAUCGCCAUGGAGAUAGAGGAUGCUGACCAAGAAAGAAGCCCCUGCUCCAAAAUCAACACCUUCAAGCUCGACUGAAAUCUGCAGAUCCCCACACGGACAAGGCACAUGCCUUAUGAAGAAAAAAAUGUAUUAUCAGACAAGACCGAGAUUAAGCUAUUUGACUACAGUGACAACAGGUGUGUUUGGAGUAAAGGUAAAGCUUCCACACUUACCAGCUUUUAAGCAUGGUGGUGUUAGCAUAAUGCUCUGAGGCUGUGCUGCCAGUCGUACUGGUACGUUGCACAAACUGGAUGGAAUAUUGAAGGAGGAGAACAACCUCCAAAUUUUUCAACUUCACCUCAAAUCAGCAGCUGGAUCAUUGAACAGUUGAUGGUUCCAACAGCACAGUGAUCCCAAACACAUCAAAACAGGUUUUUGAAUGGAUAACGCAGGCUUAUGCUAAGCUUCUGGAGCGGCCUUCCCACAGCCCUGAUCUCAACCCUAAUGAAAAUGUGUCGACUAUGCUUGAAAGCCGGGUCCAGUUAAGGAAACAAACUAAUUUAAAUGAACUCUACCGGUUCUGCCAAGAAGAGUGAUCAAAUAUCCAGCCAGAACUGUGGCAGAAGCUUGUUAAGCUUAAGCUUAGCAGCUUGCUGAGAGUCCCUGUACGAAAUAUUAGUGGGGUAUAUAUUUGAAUCUGUGUGGAUUAGAAAAAAUACAAAAUUAAGUCAAACUUGUGCACCCAAUUCUUGAUUUUUAGUCUUUUUCCAUCCUGGAAAAAGAACAGUACAAAGAAAGCAUUAAAAGCCCCAAAUUACCAUGACAUUCGUGCUCAUGGUGAGUGGAUGUAAACUCCUGAUCACAAAUGUUCCCUUUUUGGUGAUGUUUCUUGUGAUGUCUCACACUUUAUUUUCUGGAAUCUCUUGUAUGUUCACAAGAGAUUUUCUGAUGUGCAUUUAAAUGCAGUCCAGCAAAAUCUGUAGAAUAAUUUUCAUACCUUGCAAAGAAUCAAAAUUAAAGGCUUUAUUAAAUGCUCUUUUAGAGAAAA